UCCAGUAAUUUGUCUCUCCUUUCUUUCACUCCAAGGUACACUGAACUUUCAGUAGUCGCUGUUCUUCAUCCAAACGUGGGAAAAUAUGAGGAAUUGUUCUCAACCAUGGUUGAUUUUACUAGUCAAUCUUCUUAUGGCAUUAAGCAUACAAUACUCACAAGCAUAUUCCAGUCAAAGUAAGAUCAAAUCUGCUGUUUUUCUGUCACCAAAAUUUGUGCUAGGACCAGGAUCUGUUGAGAAUAAAUUUUAUUACAACAUCGAUUUUCCAAGAGGUCAUGUAGUUCUCAAGAGUUUCAACGCAGAAGUAAUUGAUGAGACAGGGAACCCUGUUCCCCUUCAUGAAACCUAUCUCCACCAUUGGGUUGUUGAAAGAUACUAUGGACGUGUUGACUACACCGGUAACAGGGAUCUUCGUGAAUCAGAUUAUAAGCCUGUGAGAAAUGCUGGCAUAUGCCAGAAAGGCGUUCUUGGGCAGUAUUUUGGCCUUGGAUCUGAAACAAGAGGAACAGAAACAUAUAUUCCAGAUCCUUAAGGGAUAGAAAUUGGAAAUCCUGCUGAAAUUCCAGAAGGAUAUGAGGAUAGAUGGAUGCUCAACGUCCACGCAAUUGAUACACGAGGUGUGGAAGAUAAGUUGGGAUGCACAGAGUGCAGAUGUGAUCUGUAUAAUGUGACGGUGGAUGAGUAUGGACGAACUUUGAGGCCAGAUUAUACCGGAGGUUUGCUAUGUUGUUAUGAUCAUACACAGUGCCGGGUGAGACAUGGUUUUGAAGGUGGAAGGAGGAGCCUCUACUUGAGAUAUACCGUGAAGUGGGUUGAUUGGGAUAGUUCCAUUGUGCCCGUUAAAAUCUAUAUAUUUGAUGUCACUGAUAAUUGGAAAAGGUUUAAUGAUUCAACAGAACUCAGCACAGAGCAUGAUUGCAAGGUAGAAUAUGAAGUGGAGCCUUGUAGUGCCACCAAUUUGGCUAAUGAUGAGUGCAUUCAGACCAAAAGAAUAAGCGUCACAAUGACAAAUGGUGGUUAUCUCAUCUAUGGCGUUGCCCACCAGCACUCAGGGGGCAUAGGCGCUGCUUUAUACAGAGAGGAUGGAACGGCUAUAUGCGCUUCAAUUCCAGCUUAUGGAAAUGGGACGGAAGCAGGAAACGAGGCUGGUUACAUUGUAGGAAUGUCAACUUGUUAUCCUCAACCAGGCUCUGUCAAAAUAGCAGACGGGGAGACUCUGAUUCUGGAAUCGAACUACAGCAGCACCCGAGUUCACACAGGAGUCAUGGGGCUUUUCUACAUUUUGGUGGUCGACCAGCUAAAACAUUUUGUUCUCAUAUAACGUUUUUUGUCAAAGAGAGCUGGAGUUCUUACAGAAAUUUUGGCCAUUCUUCUGCUGGCAAUGAGUUUGCCAUAUUCACAGGCAUAUUUGAAUGAAAAUAAGAUCAAAACUGCAGUUUUUCUAUCACCAAAAUUUGUGCUGGGACCUGGAUCUGUUGAGAACAGAUAUUACCACAAUAUCGACUUUCCAAGGGGUCAUAUUGCUGUCAAGAGUUUCAAUGCAGAAGUAAUUGACGAGGCAGGGAUUCCUGUUCCCCUUCAUGAAACUUAUCUGCACCAUUGGGUUGUUGCAAGAUACUAUGGACGUGUAGAAUACAAUCGCAACAGGGAGCUUCGUGAGUCAGAUAACAUUAAGGUGAGAAAUGAUGGCAUAUGCCAGAAAGGUGUUCUUGGGCAGUAUUUUGGCCUUGGAUCUGAAACACGAGGAACAGAAACACACAUCCCGGACCCUUAUGGAAUAGAAAUUGGUAAUCCUGCCGAAAUUCCUGAGGGCUAUGAGGAGAGAUGGCUGCUUAAUGUCCAUGCAAUUGAUACACGAGGUGUGGAAGAUAAAUUGGGUUGCACUGAAUGCAGGUGUGAUCUUUAUAAUAUUACAGUGGAUGAAAUUGGCCGACGUUUGAGGCCAGAUUAUACUGGAGGUUUGCUAUGUUGUUAUGAUCAGACUCAAUGCAGGGUGAGACAUGGCUUUGAAGGUGCCAGGAGGAACCUCUACUUGAGAUAUACUGUGAAGUGGGUUGAUUGGGGUAGUUCCAUUGUGCCCGUUAAAAUCUAUAUAUUUGAUGUCACUGAUAAGUUGAAGAGGUUUAAUGAUUCAACAGGACUCAGCACAGAGCAUGAUUGCCGGGUUGAAUAUGACAUUGAGCCUUGUAGUGCCACCAAUUUGGCAGAUGAUGAGUGCAUUCACACAAAAAGAAUAAGCCUCACCAUGCUGACUGGUGGUUAUGUCAUUUAUGGUGUUGCCCACCAGCACUCAGGGGGUUUAGGUUCUGCACUAUACCGAGAGGAUGGGAAGGCUAUAUGCUCUUCAAUUCCAGCUUACGGAGAUGGGGCAGAGGCAGGAAACGAGGCUGGUUACAUUGUAGGAAUGUCCACAUGUUAUCCUCAACCGGGCUCUGUCAAGAUAACAGAUGGGGAGACGUUGAUUCUAGAAUCUAACUACAGCAGCACCCGAGAACACACGGGAGUUAUGGGGCUCUUCUACAUUUUGGUUGCUGACCGAGUGCCAGAGCCUGUGCCUUUCUCAUAUCUUCGCGUUAAAAUGUACGACAAAAUGAACAGAACUACUUAUGUUUGGGCAGCAAUGGUUCUGGUGGGACUUGUUGCCGCUGCUGCUGUUGUAAAAUAUCGAUGUAGGAAUAAGGGUGAAGAUGAAUACCAACCAAUCAUGAUUUGAACUUGUUCUCCGAGUUCUAGAUGUGUACUGGUAAUAUACAACAACACAUCUUAAAGUCUACCCCUUUUUCUGUAGCUUAGUAAUGUAUAAAUUAACAUAUUGUUGACUAGAUGUAAUAUUUUCAAGAUGUAGUAAAAGUUUGAAGUUACUUUAUGAAGCUGUUUCUCUCUUUCAUUCA